AUGAAGUUCGCCAAGGAGCUCGAAGAGGAUUUGGUACCUGAGUGGAGGGCUAAGUACUUGAAUUAUAAGGCUGGCAAAAAGAAGGUGAAGGCAAUAUCGAGAGCACUUCGCCAUGCUGAGCAGCAAUCUCCUUCUGCCCAUCGUAGACGUCUCAGCCAUAUCUUCCGCCAUGAGGACCGUCCCACUGUCGAUUUUCUUCCGCCACGUUCCGGCUUUCGUCAAGGGUCUGCUGCCCGAGGACCGAAAUCUUUUACUCCCUUCCAACGGCCCGAUUCUGCCCUACAAGACUUAUCUCGUGGAAAAUUUGGGGCUACUCUCGAUGUUGGCAUCCAGGGACGACAGCCACUGAGCCCUCUAGGGCCCCGGUGUAAUGAGCCGACUGACGAUGACGGAAACAUUAUAGCCCCCGCCCCACAGCGUGUACCAGCUUCAAUCCUUCCCUCUCUGGAACUUCCAGACCCUGCCUUGGACAUGGAAGACCCUCAUUUCCGUCCUGGAACUCUAACCCGGAGGAUACCGUGUGGCGACGUGGAUGGAGCCCAAGCCUUAAACACUGCUGGGGAAGCUGGUAACGGAACAAUGGAAUUGAUAAAUCCUCAUAGCCAAAAUUCUACCUCCAGCUAUCCCCGGGGAACGAUCGAUAUAGUCCAGCCAAGUCGCCAUUCAGUUCCGAGUCGAGUACUCAGUAGCCCAAAAGCUCUGUUGAAGAAGCUGUUUACUUCAAGGACACAUGGUGACCAUUCAACAAUUCGUGGGCCUGUUGAUGCAUAUAUGGCGCUUAGGCAUAGAGAAUCGGAAUUUUUUACUUUCAUGGAGAAGGAGUUAGCAAAAAUUGAAUCAUUUUAUCAUUUCAAAGAGAAAGAGGCCACUGAGCGGCUGGGAGUGUUACGAGCCCAGCUUCAUCUUAUGAGAGAUACUAGAGUUGGCGAGCUAAUGGCCAAUAAGCGGAAUGCAGAGGCUAAUACCCGGCUCAAUGUGGUUUCCGAGUCGGAUGUUGGUGUUUCCGCGCGGAAAUGGGGGGUUCCUCUAGGAAAUAAGCUGGGUAGAGCAAGGUCUAGAAAAACUUCAGAAGCCAUGGAGCAACUUGCAACUCCCUCGGGCCCGCUGCCUAUGUGUUCCUACCCUUAUGAGCAACGAGACUUCGUCCGCCGAGAAGAUCUAAAUGACGUUUCAUAUCGCUCUGCCAAAAGGAAACUGAAAGUUGCCUUGAUAGAAUUUUAUCGUGGUCUGGAGCUCCUCAAGGCCUAUGCUGACCUAAACCGAAAAGCGUUUCGCAAAAUGAAUAAAAAGUACGACAAGGUUACCGCCGCACGCCCUGCUGGUCACUACGUUUCAGAGAAGGUCAACAAGGCAUGGUUUGUCCAAAGCGAGGUUGUUGAAAAUCACAUGGUGUCCGUCGAGGACCUUUACGCGCGCUAUUUUGAGAGAGGCAAUCGUAAGGUUGCCAUUCGGAAACUUCGUAGCAAGACCUCAAGAACCUACGAUUAUUCUUCAAAUGCCUUUCGCAAUGGCUUGAUGUUCUCAGGAGGCGUCAUUCUUGGCGUUCAGGGUUUGACAUAUGCAGUGCACCUGUUGUUCCAUGGGGAUCCUCAAGUCCGCCUUUACACCGCUUACUUACUCCAGAUCUACGGCGGUUAUUUCCUCGCUCUCUUCCAUUUUCUUCUUUUUUGUAUGGAUUGUAAAAUUUGGGGUGCCAGCAAAAUCAAUUAUGCCUUCGUUUUUGAAUUUGAUACUCGUCAUGUACUGGAUUGGCGUGAACUGUUGGAGGCAUCACCCUGCUCAUUUUGUUUAUUCCCAUACCUUUAUUCUAUCAUCGAAGUAGAAGAUGGUGGGCAUAUUCAAAUCAAGGGAUGGGAUAACGCGCCAAGGUGCAAUUCCUCACACUCACGAGUGAUGGGCUUCCUCUCGACAGUUCCAUCUAUCUGGCGCUCCUUCCAAUGUCUCCGACGAUAUUUCGAUACUAGAAAUGUUUUCCCCCACAUUGCAAAUCUAGGAAAAUACUCUUUUUCAAUCCUCUACUACAUGACCCUUAGCCUAUACCGAAUUCAGAGAGUGGACCAGCCUCGGGCCAUCUUCAUAACCUGUGCUUCUAUUAACUCGGUCUAUGCCUCCAUUUGGGAUCUUGCCAUGGACUGGAGUCUAUGUAACCCCUAUUCCAAGAACCGCUUCCUUCGGGAUUCUCUAGCCUUCCACAGUCACUGGGUGUAUUACUUAGCGAUGGCCAUUGAUCCAAUUCUCCGUUUCAACUGGAUAUUAUACGCCAUUUCCCCCCAUGGUUAUCAGCACUCGGCCAUCCUGAGUUUCUUCCUCGCGUUCUCCGAAGUAUGCCGAAGGGGAAUGUGGUCGAUUUUCCGCGUCGAGAACGAGCACUGUACGAACGUCUCACGGUUCCGGGCUUCACGCGAUGUCCCGCUUCCCUACGAAAUCCCAUCCCAAGCCAGGAUCUCAGUUGGGCGAUUGGAAGAGCAAAAUUUCCUCACACCGCAACUGAGUUUUCUGAGCAGUUCCCAAGCCGCGACAGAUGGCGAUGAGCAGAAUCAACCGGGCCCAAGUCCACAACGCAGGAUGCCAAGUUCACUGGAAAUCCCACGGACACUGUCUCGCGUAGGGACCAUGCUUGCAACGGCGCAUGCGCAAGAUUUUGAACGCAGAAAGCAGCCAGGGAUCCUGGAAAAUAGUUCCCAAGGCGACCAUCCGACUUCACGACGCGACAAAGAAAAUAGUAGUACCGAUGAAGAAGGAGUGGAUGUGGAAUAUGACGAAGGGGAACAUGAUGAGGAAUAUGACUUUUGA